CCCGGGCGGCACGACUUGGCCCUUCCGGGCUUCCGUCAGGCUGGCCGUCAUUGGCUGGAUUGUGCACAGCUGACAGUCGCGCGGGCGAGGAAGCUUUGAGGAUGGCGGCGUCCGCGGCGGUGAUUUUGCCGGAGAGUCCCAGCAUGAAGAAAGCGGUGCCGCUGAUAAAUGCAAUAGAUACCGGAAGAUUCCCACGCCUUCUUAGCCGAAUUCUUCAAAAGCUCCACCUGAAGGCCGAGAGCAGCUUCAGCGAAGAGGAGGAGGAGAAGCUUCAGGCUGCGUUCUCUCUAGAGAAACAAGAACUGCACCUGGUUCUGGAAACAAUAGCGUUUGUUUUGGAGCAGGCAGUGUACCACAACUUGAAGCCAGCAGCACUUCAGCAGCAACUGGAGAAUAUUCAUCUUACACAAGACAAAGCAGAAGCCUUUGCCAACACUUGGUCGACUAUGGGUCCAGAAACGGUUGAGAAGUUCAGGCAGAGGAUUCUGGGUCCUCACAAGCUGGAGACGGUGGGAUGGCAGCUCAACCUGCAAAUGGCUCACUCGACCCAAGCAAAACUGCAGUCUCCUCAGGCCGUGCUGCAACUGGGAGUGAGCCAGGAGGACUCCAAGAACCCGGAGAACGUUCUAGUGGAAUUCAACCACAAGGAGUUGUUUGAUUUCUACAACAAGCUAGAGACCAUACAAGCACAGCUGGAUUCCCUUUCAUGAUGCCCUUGAAGACCGGCUUCGCCCUCACAUUCCUGCCACCUCAUUCUUUUGCGUUGAAGAGGAACUGCCCGAGUAUAUUUUCGAGAGGACUCAGUGACUUUAUUCUACAGAUACUAUGACUUCAUCAUUUCUUAAACAAAUACUUUCCAUGAAGGGAGAUCACAAUAAGAGCACUGGGGUUUCUGGUAUACCCUCUCUCCUCACGUGAGCCAAGAACAACUGUUGAAAACUCUCGGAAAGAAAUCACAGUGAAUGCCAUAUUGCCUUUUCGUCUGGUUGCUGCCUCAUCACUUUGCCGCAGUCUUGCUUUCAUGGAUCAGUGAAGGUCUGUAGGCGGAAGGUGGAAUGUGUGCCCUAGCAGAAUAUGGAGCCUUAUAAUUACAUUUCUUAAUUAGAGAAGCGGCCCCGGGCCAUCAAAUGCUUUGACAUUUGUCUUACGACUUUAUUUUGCUUGAGAUAAAAUACAAGAAGGGAAUCAAAAUGGUGCCAGUGUUAUCAUGUGUUAAUUCCAGUGUGAUCCUCUUGCUCUGCCCACUUGAAUUUUCCUGUCUUUAAUGGUUUAGCAAUCGUCUAGGUUUAUAUAUACUAUUGCAGAUUAAUAACAGAGCAAUUCACAGCAUGGAGAGGAUUGAGAUCGUGAGUGAAAACACCUGUGAUGAGUCCUGCGUGGGAAUCUGACAUUAUAAAUCAGAAACUCUUUGCGUUCUCCUUCUGUGGAUACACUCAGUCAGUGGUGUCUGUCAAUAAAAGUUUUCUCCUUUAGAAUUCUUUAAA